AGCUAAGGUCGGAGCUCACUACAGUAGUUUUGAGAUGAGAUUAGCCAGCUUUGUUUUCUAACUUUUCCAAGCAGUUCUUGGAACUCAAGAGGGAUAUACCCAUGAUGACUUAGUCCUGUAGAUAUGAAAGUACAACUAGAUACUUCAAAUCUUUAAGGGACUAUUUUCCUGUUGUCCAUUUACAAAGCUAUAGAGAUAGAGGAGUAAUGUCUGCCUUUCCUCUCUGGUGCUUUUGACAUAGGUACCUGUGUGUGCACAUCAUGUAAGCAAGUAAUAACAUAGGCCUCACAAGUGAGUGUGACAUGCUACUGCCAGUCAUAAAACUAUGGGGUGUGGAAAGACUAAUUCACACUGUUUUAUAUUUGAUUUCUGUAAGGUAACUUUUUUUGGACUUUUCAUUUUUUGUUUUAUAUUUUUGCAAUGCUAGAUAGAGAUCUAUCCCAGGGCCUCAAGUGUUAGGAAAGUACUCCUGUAACAUUUUAAACAUUAUAUUUAAAUAGAGGUGAUAAUAUAAUGAACCAUACAGAGUUAAACAAUAGUCCCAAGACUUCUAAUGCUUCUAGUACCAACUGUAGAGUUUGGGAGUGUCAAAGGGCACCCUCAGGUGGGGUAUUUGGUUUUAAAAACAUGUUCACUCGUGGAGUCCUGAGCAACACUGAUUCCUUUCAGCAACCAGGUGUGAGAAAGCGUGGAACAAUACAGCCAGUAAGGCUUCCCGGCACCUGUGUGCAGAGUUUUUACAGUGCACCAACAGGUCGGUCGCUAGCCCCUCUGGAGGUCAAGCUGAGGUCUACCACAAGUGGGUUGUUAGGUUUUCUUACAGGCUCAAAAGCCUCAGAGUAAAACAUAAUUUUAUCAGGUAAGAUAUUUUAGAAUUGCCAGGCACAAUGGGAAAGGCCAGAUCUCUCUUUGGGCCAAAGUUAAAUUUAUUACACAAUGCACAUUUCGGCUUAACAAAUAAGUAUAUCUCCAUCUCUCUUUCCUUUAUUAUUCUUGGCAUUAAAAAUAUUUAGAAAACCAGGCACACUGAAACACAGCAGAAGCCUCUGUAUGGGAGAAGCUAAAGAUUAGUACGCUGAGGCCAGCCUUUAGAAACAUAAGCCCUGUUUCUAAAGAAACGAAGGUUGGAGCCAUAUGUGUUUCUGGGUUUGCUCUCCAGCACCAUAAAAUAUGGCAAGUGGAUUUCUGAGUUAGAACUAGCCUGGUCUGUGGAGCUAGUUACAGGAUAGCCAGGGCUACACAGAGAAACCUGUCUCAAAAAUGUAAAACAACAAAAUAAUAAAAAUACAAGCUUAUAGAAAAGGUAGCAAGAAUAAGAGACUGUGUAUAUUUACACAGAUUUCUUAUUUUUUUUUCACGGCAUUUUUGUGUUGAUCUGCAGUCCUGGCUGGCAUGGUACCACCAAGGACACGCGUAGACAAGGGUGCAGACGCCCAGAAUGGGCGGGGACCCUCGAGCCGUGCAGCGCAGCGAUCCCUACCGCCCACCAGGGGGAGCCCGCAAGGCUUGCUGGACGCCGGAACAUGGCGCGGCCGCCCGCGAGCCUCUGGUCGCAGGCGCCCGACCGCGACCAAGGGGAGGCCAACGUGGUGACGCGGGUGUCGCAAUGGGCAGACAACCAUCUGCGCCUUGUCCAGAACAUCAGCACGGGAAUGGCCAUAGCUGGGAUAAUGUUGCUGAUAAGGAGCAUCCGGCUGACCUCAAAGUUUACAACCUCUUCAGAUAUUCCAGUAGAAUUUAUAAGAAAGAAAGUUAAACUAUGUGGCCGAUUACAGCGGAUAACUGAGUGUGGUCUAGAAAUUGAACAUAUACCUAUUACAUUACCUUUCAUAUCUUCAUGGAAACAGAUCACCUACUCACCUCUCAGCUGGCUGGCCAGUGACAUCCAGGGAUUCACCUGUCUCUGCCUCCCAGCACCAGGAUAUGAGCCUGAACUGCCUUGCCUAGCUGGUGGAUAUUUUAACGUGAAUCUGAAUGAGGAGAUUUUGAGAAGAGGCUUGGGCAAAACCGUCCUUGUUAAAGGGCUAAAUUAUGACUCAAAAACCCACUGGAAAAUUCACAGAAACUUACUUAAAGCUGAAUUGACGGCCUUAAAGAAAGGAGAAGGAAUAUGGAAGGAAGAGUCUGAAAAAGAAAGUUAUUUUAGAAAAUUGAAAGACUCCUGGAGAGAGAGAUGGACAAAGGACAAUGAUUUAAAACCAGCUGGAGCAGACCUCGGCUCCACCAAAGACAGUUAUGACGACAGCCGGCGCAGGGCGUCCGGGAAGGGGAAGGACUGCGUGGGCAACCACUCUUUCUUCCUGAAACUCAGAGAAUUUGUGAGCCGCUUACACUUUUGGAGGAAAGGAUGAAGCGUUGCGAGGUCUGGAGGUAACCCUAGAAGAGCGCCACGGAACUGUGCGAGCACUUUUCAUUGAGGCAAAAUGGAAAUUCCCUCAGGGGAUCAAAAUCCCAGUCUUACAGUACUUGUACAUUAAAACCAUUGUUAAGGCCGGGCGUGGUGGCGCAUGCCUUUGAUCCCAGCACUUGGGAGGCAGAGGCAGGUGGAUUUCUGAGUUC